GCCACUAACCACUGCUCCCUCAAGUUCGCCCACCCGAAUCCUCCUCUCUUCUCCAAACGCCGCCCCAAUUUCUCUCUCUCCCGCCGCCUGAGGCCGGUCACGCUCGCCAACGCUGCCGACUCUUCCGGCGGCGCUGCCACGAAACCCGCCGCAUCCUCCAGCAACGUCCCUUCUGGGGACGAGACUUCUAACUCUAUAGCUUUUGUUGGACAAGAAAAUGUGCCGCUUGAAGGCGUUAUUCAGUUCGAAAAGCCUAGCUCUACUUCCCUUCUCGUUAAAUGGGGCGUUGUGGCUGGACUGGCUGCCGGAGAUGUGGCGGCGUUGGUUUUGUUCUCUGCGAUUGGAAGAUUUAGUCAUGGAUUCCCCGUUUUCGACCUCGAAACGUUGAAAACUGCUGACCCUUUUAUUGCUGGAUGGUUUUUGAGUGCAUAUUUUCUUGGUGGAUAUGGAGAGGACGGCCGAGGAAAGAAUGGUCUGUGGAGGGCUGUUACUGCGGCUGCCAAGUCCUGGUCUUUGGGUAUUCCGUUGGGAUUAAUCAUAAGGGCUGCAACAAUUGGACAUGCGCCGCCAACCAAUUUCAUCUUAGUGACAAUGGGCAGCACCGCAGUACUACUUGUUGGAUGGAGAGCACUACUGUUUAGCAUAUUCCCUACUAAUAAAGGCAAGAAGAAUGAUGUAUAUAAGCGCGGUAGCCCUUUCGAACUUUUUGAGUUGCUUACAUCAUUAGUGAGAAGGUGGUGAAGUUUGGUAGCGCAUUGCCCCUUUUGAGCCUAACUAUGAUCCUUGGACUUCUUAAAGGUAACUGUAUACAUGUAAUCCUUCUUGUUCUAGUGGGGGAAAAUGAUGUAAUAUACAGAUACUAAUAUCUUGUAUAUCAUAUGUUCAUUUUUUUUAAUCAUGUGCCUAUAUCUGUUAAAAGUUUCUACAA